CUUUGUAAGACAGCGAAUCUCGCUCUCUUUUUUUCCUUCAUUCAAUAAUAAAAACUCAAGAAAGAUGAACUCCUAUGUAAUGUUUGCAGUAUUCGCAUUAGCCGCUUUUGUCAGCUGCGAACCUCCAUCUGGAUAUAACUAUAAUCAACCGUCAUUCGGUGGUGGAGUUUCAAGCAGUGGAAAUUCUUUCUCAAAUGGUGGAAAUUCCCUUUCAAGCGGUGGAAAUUAUGAACAAGUCGCAAUUGGACCAAACACACAAGAAGGAUUAACCGUCGAUCCAGCAUUGUUGGAACAAAUUAAGCAAAUCAUUUUGAAAGAAGAAAGCAAAGCUGGAUCUGGCAGUGCUGGUGGUUUUGGACAACCCUCAUCAUCAUAUGGAGCUCCACAGGCUCAAUAUGGACCACCUGCUCAACAACAAGCUCGUAUUGUUGGAAUCGAUUUUGAAAAUACAGUUCCAGCAAUCCAAGUUGCUCAAUUACGCGCACAAUCACAAGAAGCUGGCGGAUAUUCAGCAUCAAGCUUCGGAGUUGCACCAAGCUCAAACUAUGGAGCCCCAGCUCAAGCCCCAGCUCGUCCAAGCUCACAAUAUGGAGCUCCAGGAAGAUAUUAAGCUAAUCAAAAUCUAUUCAUUCUUAAAAGCGAAACAUUGACAACUAGAUAGCACAUACGACAAUGACAAUGCAAUUCUGCAAACAUCAUCGGUCACAUAUUGAUAUUCACAUUCUCCCUAUAAAUUGAGUUAAUGCUACUUUUACUAUAUGAAUUUUGUAUGCCAUCUAUCUCAUCUAAUAUUUAGAGAGAAUUAUUAGGCAAAAAGACCUAUCAUCAUUUCUUUGGAUAUAUCUAAUCGAAUCUUAAUAAGUCUUGAACAAAAAAGAUAUUGAAAUGCUAAUUGGCCAAAAUCCCAACAACAAAAAAAAUUAAUUUCCAAAAGUGAUUAUUCACUUUUUUGACGACUAUAACAUCUCAAUCAUGCGAUCUAAUCGCCCUAAUCUACUUAAAUACAAAACAAAACAAACUAUGAACAGCAACAAAGUGAGAGUUUUUCAAAAUAGAAAAAUCAAGAAUGAUUCUCAGUUAGCAAGUCCACAUCGUGAACAUCCAAUAAAGUCAAAAGAAACGGGUCAAUAUUAUGCACAAUAAAGAAUCAAGAGGCUUUACUUGCUAAUCGAAAAAAAAUCAUUUCAAAACCUCAAAUGACGGCUUUAAACCAAACGACAGAAGAGUUACAAUGGACUUAAUGAAUCGGAAUCAAAUAAAGUACAUAAAAAUUGCAUAAUUCCACUCACCUUUCUCUUCUUUCGUGAAUGAUGGAACUUAUUGCAUUCUUUUUUGCUACCUUACUUUUGUAAAUAGAAUUC